AUGCAGAAGGACAACGGAGUAGUCCCCCUUUUGGAAAGGCCAAAUGUAAACGAAAUUAAUAAAAACAUCGAAGCUAGCGGAUUGGUAUUAUGUCUCAUUCUGAGUGAAAAAGACUCCCCAUCACUUGCCUCUCCAUCCAAUUACCUUCUGCAUGUCCAUAGGUACAUGUACCUAUCCAACAUAGUUCCUAAAUGUAUUGAGUAUUUUGGCUCGUUUGUUAUUCCCUUUUAUGGUAACAAAUUUGGGAUGUACUUUGAAUGCAUUCAAGGGAGGAGAAAAAGAAGAGGCACCUCUUUAUCUGUUCACCCAAAUGGGACACAACACGAUGAAACUUCUCCCAUAACGUGUCCCAUUAUUAAUGGGAGUUCAUCUGAAAUUUCCCCCUCCUGUGGAAAAGACCCCAAUUUGAAAACCUUCACAGAGGGAACCGAGAUUGACAAACCACCCCAGGAGAGGAUCAUACUCGAUUGGAGACUCCCCAUAGGGGUACUGUUCGAUAUAUACUGCGAUGUGGAAGGGGAUGAUUGGAGUGUGCCAAGGUUAGAAGAGGAGGAAACAAAUUGGAAGAAAUGCUCCAGUGGAGAAUUAUUUCCUGACCAUGUUAGCGUUUUAGAGGUUACUUCAAAUGGAAUAAAUGAUUUACUUGGUCAAAAUGAGAAGGAGGAGAUAGAGGGGGAAAAAUCCUCAAGCAAAGUUCCGUUGAAUGAUGCAAUAAAGGGUUCCCUCACUGGGGGGAAAUCAUGUGGAGGGGAUGAAGACAAGACCGAUGGGGAAGGAAACAAAACAAACGAAGAAGAGCCCCGCGUUAAACACUAUCACAUGCGAAUGAACAAACAAAUAAAUAAUGAUUGGUACGAUCAGCAAUUUUUAAGCAUAGCGGAUAGGAACGUCCCAUGGAGGUUGGUUGUCCACUUCAAAGAUGAAGAAGACUACAAUGCGCAUUUCGGAAGAGGAGGAGGAACGAAAGUGAAUUACGACGGAAAUAUCAACCUGUUGCCCUACAACAGCUGCAUACCUCUGUACAGGGGAUUUCACGACUUUGAGGAAUGCUUGAUCAGUCAGCUUAAAAAGGCCAACUACGUGUUUAACAAAAAUAACAGGGUACUUCAAAUGUUGCCGCAGCAAGUGGAAAACGAGUUACUUCAAAAUUUGAAACGAUUUGACAUCGAAAGUAUUUGUGCCUUGUAUAGGGAGCACAUUGAUUAUAAUAUGGUCCGUUUCGUGGAUUACUUUAACGCCAAGUGUGCGCAGGUACAGCAAAAGGGGCACAGUGUCGCCAGCAGCGGGGAGAACAAUUCCGUGUGUACCCUUAUGAAGAACGAAUAUGUGGUUAAAGAAGUGCCCAUAAUUAUACACAUUUAUGGACCCCCAUAUAAUCAUGUGUUGACCAAAUGCCCUCUGUUCAAAAUUGUGCCGUCAGAAUGGACCGAAAAUACAGUUGACAGUUUUGUUGCCUACACGUUAGGAGACUUUCUGCACGAGGAGUUCCCUUCCUUCUUUAGGAAAAUAAAAGAACGCUCAACAGCGGCAGGAUCGGUAUCAGCAAAUGUAGCAGCAGUGCCAAGUGCGCCCCCCGAUGGGGAAAACAUUUUUUAUUUUGUCGAAGACGAUUACUUAAUUUUCAGUCCCUACAUGUUCGUAAUAAUCAACGGGAUUCAAAUUCCGCUGAAAACACCCCUCUACUGGCUCGUUGCCAACUUUUCCCAAUUUGAUAAUUUUCUGCACGUUAUUCUCCGUAUACCCCCCUACUGA